UACACGAGGCACACACCAGAGCCUGCUAGUACACUGCUACUAGACUUUGUUUUAUGCCUCGUCUCCAUUGAGCGGAUCGGACGAGAUCGCUCCGACGACCUGCGUGUGCUACCGGCGACGAGAUGCAGCCGGACAACGCGGGCAAGCCGAUCCGGUGCAAAGCGGCGGUGAGCAAGGCGGCGGGGCAGCCGCUGGAGAUGGAGGAGGUGGAGGUGGCGCCGCCGCGGGCGCACGAGGUCCGCGUCAGGAUCAUCUGCACCUCGCUCUGCCACACGGACAUCACCUUCUGGCGCAUGAAGGAUUUUCCGGCCAUGUUUCCAUCCAUCCUGGGCCAUGAAGCAAUCGGUGUGGUGGAGAGCGUGGGGGACCAUGUGCACGAAGUGGGCGUGGGCGACGCGGUGGUGCCGGUGUUCCUGCCGCAGUGCGGGGAGUGCGCCGACUGCGUCUCCGCCCGCAGCAACAUCUGCUCCGCGCUGCCGUACCGCCCCGGCGUCAUGCCGCGGGACGGCACCACGCGCUUCUCGCUCGCCGCCACUGGCGAGCCCGUCCACAGCUUCCUGUGCGUCUCCAGCUUCGCCGAGUACACGGUGGUGGACGUCGCGCACCUCGUCAAGCUCGACGUCGUCGGCCCCGCCCCCGCGCUGCCGCCGGAGAAGGCGUGCCUGCUCAGCUGCGGCGUCACCACCGGAGUUGGUGCGACUUGGAAGGUUGCGGCGGUGGAGCCCGGCUCCACCGUAGCCGUCUUUGGACUAGGAGCUGUUGGGUUAGCGGUAGCGCAAGGGGCCAAGAUGCGAGGAGCUAAGAGGAUCAUCGGGGUAGACGUGAAUCCUGACAAGUUCGAGAUCGGCAAGAAGAUGGGGAUCACCGACUUCGUCAAUCCAAAUGAUAUCGCGGAGAAGACCGCCGUGAGCGAGGUCAUCAAGGAGAUGACCGGCGGCGAAGGCGCCGACUACUGCUUCGAGUGCAUCGGUUCAGUUUCAGUCAUGGCGGAAGCAUUCAAAAGCUCACGAACGGGCUGGGGGAAGACGGUCGUUCUCGGCGUCGACGGCAGCUUGGCGCCGAUCAGCGUGCCGUCGUUCGACAUCAUGCGGGGGCGGUCGGUCACCGGCUCGCUCUUCGGUGGGAUCAAGCCCAAGGACGACAUCCCCGUGCUGGCACACAAGUACCUAGACAAGGAGCUGGAGCUGGACGACUUCAUCACGCACCAGAUGGGUUUCCAGGAGAUAAACCGCGCGUUCGACCUGCUCACCCAAGGGAAGUGCAUCCGCUGCAUCAUCUGGAUGGACGACGACUACGGCGCCAAGGAGAACGACGGCGCGUGAUGCCGCGUGCCGCCGGCGCGCACGCAGGACUGACUGCCAGGACAUCGUCGUACGCGCACUUGUGUUGUGUGGACAGCAAUGAUCUUGUUGUCGUGACUCCAAUUUGCUACUCUAUGUAUCUAUGUAUGUAAGUGGCGACGAAAUAGGUUUUAAAAUGAACAUUUCCACGCAUAAUGUUGUGUUGAAAUGUUGUGGCUUCACAUAUUGUUGAACCAAGUUUACAUAAUGUUGAAAGAGCAUGCAUAUGUAUAAACGUGCAAAA